CCUGUUCACACCUUCUCGCGAGCACUAUCCUGAGAGUUGCCGCCAUAUGGUCGACCCGCCUGUCACUCUGCUGCCGUGUCACCCAAGCUAGCUACUGUCAACAGCAACCCGGUUCUUCCCCGUUCUUCGUUCCCGGGUGUGGUCAGCCAAUUCUUCAACCACCAUAAUGUCGCACCAGUUGCAGGCCGCAACAGACGUACCGCUCCUCAUCAACUCCUCCAACGCAUCGUCCGAGCGCCGGAUUACUCCAUCAUGGACCAUUGCCUUCCUCAAAUCAAGACUCGAACCUAUCACGGGUAUUCCGGCUGGCAGCCAACAGCUGACGUUGCGAGUUGGCUCGCAGGAUGCCAUUCCUGUAACAGCUGCCGACGAAGAGAAUACCCAACUCUCUGCCUUUCCGUUGCAGCCCUACGCAGAGAUCACUGUCACUGACACCCGGCCCGUCGGAGCUCGCACGGAUUUCAAUGAUCUCUCCUCAGUCGAGAAGUAUGUGAUGCCCACGGCGGAAUACGAGUCCCGGACAGACAGCGUCCUCGCAUGGAAGAAAGCGCAGAAGCUCGGCCGAUUCGACCCCAAUGCUGGAACGAUUGAGGAGCAGAAGAUUCGUGCCUUUGAGCGCGAGAUCGAGGAGCGAGGCAUAACCCUCAACUCCCGCGUCCGCCUCCUCCCCGCGACCGACGCCCGCCGCGGCACCGUCUCGUACAUUGGGCCCGUGCCCGAAAUCCCCGGCGGUGUCGGGCCAUGGAUCGGCGUGACGCUCGACGAGCCGACGGGGAAGAACGACGGUUCUGUCGGAGGGAAGCGGUAUUUCACAUGCGGGGAGAGGUGCGGGGUUUUUGUCAGGCCGGAGCGGUGCGAGGUAGGUGAUUGGGGGGUGUUGGGGUUGGAGGGGAGUGGGGAUGAGGAAGAGAUUUAGGGAGGGAAGGAGAUGGAUGGGUGGUGAGCGCUUCUGAUGAAUAUACCAGGAGACUUGAGGAUGAGGCCCCGGCAUGAGCGAGCGUUGGCCUCGGGCAAUUUCUAGGCCACAGGACGAGGUAUGAGACUAUGAAAUAAUAAUAUCAACAUGUAAUAAGCAUCGAUGCAACAGGCCAAUUUUGCUAG